AUGCCUUCCUUCGAAGACUACGUCGCAGACGUACCGCAAGUCGUCCGCUUUGAUGAGGCCCUCGCCGAGGCCCUCGGCCAUGCCCAGGUCGUCAAGCCCGCUUCCUCGGUCGAGCCCGCCCUGACCAAGCCCGACUUCGCCCUCCUCUUCUCCCAACUGCCCACCAUCUUCCCCGACAGCUCGGCGCAGGACCCUGGCGCCGAUGGAGCGCAGAAGGCGCGUCAGUUCCUGGCCGUUGAAACCGUGAUGCGCCGCCGCUUCGACACCCUGCUCGCAUCCACCCCCAUCCAAGCUCCCGAAUUCGUCGAGGUCUGGAACAUUCUUGACGUCGUGACCGCCCUGGCCGAGAGCGAGCAAUGCGACUCCUCCCUCCCCUUCCAGCUCAUUGAGGUGCUCAUAGACAGCCAGACGAUACAAGGAUGUCACAUUGUCUUCGACUACCUCGAGUCACGCCGCGAGCGCCUCGUCAAGGACUGGACCAAGAACAAGAGCAUGGUCAUUCUGCGGACUUGCAACGAGCUCCUGCGCCGUCUUUCGCGCGCCGAGGAUAUCUCUUUCAGCGGCCGUGUCUUCAUCUUCAUGUUUCAGAGUUUUCCCAUGGGCGACAAAGGAACCGUGAACCUGAGGGGAAUAUAUCACACUGAGAAUGUCACUACGUGGGAGGAGAUCCCCCCAAAAUCCGAGCUGGAGGCGGCGGAUAGCAUGGAGGUAGAUACGAAGGAGGAGGCGACCCCUAAACCAGUCUCAACUGGCACCAAGGCUGUGUCCUUCGACGCCAAGGACAAGGCUGCACCGGAAAAGGCCCUCGGCCCCGACGCGCUGUAUCCCAUAUUUUGGUCGAUGCAGCAGUACUAUAGCCAGCCGACAAAGUUGUUUGACUCUGAGAACAUGGCCAAGUUCAAGUCUGGCUUGGAAGCCACGGUGGCCGCAUUCGACUCGGUUGCCCAGGGGCAGCGCACGUCGAAAGCCCCAGAUGAGACCAAAGAUCCAUCCAAGAAGCGGAAGAGACUCGAUGUCGAGACGUCCGACAGCAGCAACUUCAACCCCAAGUAUUUGACUAGUAGGGACCUCUUCGAGUUGGAGAUGAGCGACUUGUUCUUCAGGCGACACAUUCUCAUACAGGCCAUCAUAGUUCUCGACUUUCUGAGGUCACUGACGGCGGCAGCCAAGGCCAAGUCUGCCACCAUCCAACAUCCCAACAAAUCCGUCAUGUAUCACGACAAGACGACCUCGGAAGAAGAUGACAAAUGGGCCGAGGCUAUGAGAAACAGGAUCUACGAGUAUAUCUGGGCUGGGCCGGACGGCCAAUAUGUUCACCGCAUAAUACAGGCAGUCACUCAACGGGACAAAGGCUGGUCACGGUGGAAGCAGGAAACGUGCCCCAAUAUCGAACGGCCAGCGGUCACGCCCGAUGCAUUCAACGAGGCGAAAGCAUCAGCGAAGAGGAUGGCUACAAACAAGAGGCUGAGACCACACCCCAUGGCAUCCCUGAGUCUCGACUUUCUGAAAGUGGAAGACGAAGAAACAGCCAUGGGGAAGUUCAAGGACGCGGCUAGGUGGAAAUUGCCAGAGCUUGCUUCGUUCAAGGACAAGAUUUCUGAGGACGACUUGGAACUUGAUUUCGCGAAGAGCGAGAAGGAGAAGACCCAUAUCAUUGAGGCGAAAGCCAGCAAAACCUGGAGAGCAUUGAGGAUAGCGAGCAGAUCGAGGCUUGCUGCGUUUGACAAAAUCGAUGACUGGCAAGAUAUCAGCGCCGUCUUCGCAGACCCAAACGCACCUGGUGUGAAGGAAGAGGAUGAAGAAGAAGGGGAGGUAGGCCGCAAGCCGGAAGAUACACUCCCGAUCAUUAUAUCCGGGCCAACGGGCGUUGGAAAGUCAGCCUUGAUCGCCAUGCUCCAGGAAAAGCAGCCCCGCGUAUUUCAGAAGCUGCUGCAGCAUACUACACGACAGCCGAACGAGGGCGAGAUUGAUGGCCAAGACUACCAUUUCGUAGACUCGGCUACAUUCAACCGGAUGUCGGACAACGACCAGAUUGCUUUCAUGAGCUCAAAAGAAGACGUCGACUUUGGCAUCAGCAAUAAACUCGCAGGCUCGAUCCAGGAAGCUGGGAAGGUUCCGAUCUUGGAGCUGGAUCACGAGUCUGUUCUGAGCGCCAAAGAAUGGGAUUAUAAGGCCCGCGUGGUCCUCAUCUCCCCUCCCACCAUCGAAGAGCUUGAGACGCGAUUGAAAAGCUCGGGAAAGCACGCCGGGGACACCAUUCCGGAUCUCCUCAAAGCCGCACAGGAAGAGGGGGAGAAGUGGAAAGCUAACCACUCUCUCUACAGUAUUGAGAUCACCAACGGUGACCAAGACAGAGCUUACAAGGCCCUGGAGGAGUUUAUCUAUGGCUCUGCCACAGAGACGAACGGUAUCAAUGGCGAAAGCACGGCCAAGGAGGACGACGUCACCAUGGACGAUGCUGGUGUUGAAAUGAACGGAGAGGCAAAGCCGGAGACGAACGGCAGCUAG